AUGUUCUUCCAUGCACAAUGCGCCGCGGCGAAGAUAACCGCGGCGUUUAGGAAGCGGCAUGGGGAUGAAGUCAUUUUCAAAACCGAUCGGUUGAGAAAGUCACCGCGUGACAAAUAUGGAGAAGACGAGAUCCUCAUCUUGGAGAUGCUCCCAGAGUUUUUGGUCUUGACACUAGGCACCGAGCGGUCCCCUGCCGAGGACGAAUUAACCCGCAGUCUUCGAAUAACAUUCAAGACGCACAAGUCCGUCAGUUUGGACUGUAUUCGCGCUAGAACUCUACGUAGACAUGCACAACCGACUACGAGACCAGUCCUUACACAGCUCUCAGACACCGUAUCCUUCGCGAGGAUAAACAUCAAGAAACACGCUAGCCUUCCACAAAGACCUACGCAUCGAGAACUGGCCGCAAGAGAACGACCACCACAUGGCCACCUUCUCCGAAGACAUCACGGCCUGGAUACUAGGCGACCCCCACCGCGUCGCAGCAUGCAAACUAAAGCGCACCGAUAUAUCAAAGCUGUACGACUGCCUCCGCCAGCACCCGUGGCAAUGCCGCCUGUGGAAGUACUACGUGCAAAUCCACCUGCAGACGCUCAGUCUCGCAUUCGUCAACGCAUGGCGAGCCCAUUCCAGGCUUCGGCAAAGCCGCGCCCGCAAAAGCUAAAAGUCGCCGUCGUGCAGCUGCAGUCCAUUCUGCGCGCCGGCCUGCAGGCGGAGAUCCUCGAGCUCGGCUUCGACUACCUCACACUGCACCGUUUCUGCUGGCGCCUACUGCGCGCGGUCAAGGAUAAGUGCCGCGACGCGCUUGUCGGAGUCUACGGGCCUGACUAUAUCGAGAGGCAGAAUCAGCUCCCGUUUGUUGUUGGCUAUGUCUUCGCGACGGCGACUGGGUCGAUGCAGUUGGCUGAUUCUAUGAAGAUGAAGCGCUCGGAUGAGGUUACUAGUGCUGUGCUGCGCGAUGCUGCGGGGGUUGUAGAGCAGAUGCUGGAUGCUGGCGCGGGGGACGUGGUGGGGAUGGUGAUGAGGGAGAAACUUGGUGUGCCGUUUGAGAUCCAGGAUAGCGAUGAUGAGGAGGAUGGACUGGAACGGAUGAGGAAUGAUAAAUAG